CUUCAGUUUAAUGUUUUUAAUAUACUGAGUGUAACAAUUAGUAUUUGUGCAAAUCAAAAUGAUUUUACAUAUUCUCUUCGUUUUAGUACUAAGUUAUUUAUUCUUGAGGUUUAGGGAUAGAAAAAUGUAUAAAUUGUCAAGACAGUUGAACAAUGAAUUAUGGACGAUUCCCUUUAUCGGACAUCUGUAUUUAUUUAUUGGAAAUGCUGAAGACCUCAUAAAAUUGAUGAUCUACCUCGGAAAGAGAGCUUACAAUAACGGCGGAUUGUGUGCUUUGUGGUUUGGAACAAAAUUCAUUACAGUUGUCGCUGAUCCAGUAACAUUGGAUUAUUUAUCAAAGACGUGUUUAGAAAAAGACGAAAUUACAAAUGUUGUGCAACCUCUCAUAGGAAAUGGAAGCAUAUUUGCACCAGUUUCAAUUUGGCGUCCGAGGCGUAAAAUCGUGGCAUCUCACUUCAGCUUGGCAAAACUCAACAGUUUUGUGGAUAUAUUUUCUCAACAAAGCCAGGUUAUGGUAAAAAUUUUAAAAAGGUUAGAAGGAAAAGGAACUAUCUCUGUUCACGAUUACUUCAAAAUGUAUUUCAUGGAUUCUGUGUGCGAAACAAUUCUUGGAGUUAAAUUAGACACCCAAAACAAAUCUGAUCACUCAUUACUCACAGCAUUUGAGGAGAACUGUCUUAUAUUUAUAAAGAAAACUCUCGAACCUUAUAUUUAUGACACACCAUUUUACAAACUUACUUCGAGUUAUAGAACAUUCACGAGAAAUAAUGCAAUUGUUCGUGAUUUUAUCAAAGAGGUAAUAAAAUCUAAACGCGAAGAAUAUAAAAACGAAAAGGAAAAUAUAACAGAUUUCGAUGAAAAUAUAGAAAAUGAUGAACCACAAGCAUUUCUGGACAUGAUGAUAAAAUCGUCAGGGAAAGGCCAUGGAUUAACAGAUGAAGAACUUCUUGAAGAAUCGAUUGUACUACUUGUCGCCGGAACAGACACUUCGGCUACCGGAGUAGCAUUGGUUGCUAUGAUGCUCUCCAGACAUCCGGACGUUCAAAAUAAAGUUUACAAAGAAUUGCAGAAAGUAUUCAACGACUCCGACAGGCCAGUUACUCCAAAAGAUUUAACUCAAUUAAAGUACAUGGAAGCUGUAAUAAAGGAAAGUUUAAGACUGUAUCCACCGGUUCCUAUUAGUAUAAGGAAGAUAGAUAAAGAUGUGACAAUUCCAUCAGGACUAAACCUCGUAAAAGGUUCAUCAUAUUUACUCCACAUGUGGGCAGUUAAUAGGAACCCACAGUAUUGGGGUCAGGACGCUGACGAGUUCAAGCCCGAACGAUUCAUUGAUGGUGCUCCUCUACAUCCAGCUGCAUUUACAUCCUUUUCUUUAGGACCAAGGAAUUGUAUAGGGUACAAAUACGCCAUUCUAGCGAUCAAGACAGUCAUGGCAAAUUUGCUUCGCAACUUCACAUUACUUCCAGCUGAAGCGUCAGAUAUUUGUACUAACAAUGGCAAGUGUUUAGAAAAAGAAAAGCCACUCCGACUGAAGUACGAUAUAAUGAUCCGAGAUGUGGGCAACUUCUGUAUUCGCUUAGAAUCUAGAGUAAAGGGACAUUAGGUACCAAAAUAUAGUUACGAUUUCUAUGAAAUUCCUUAUUUUGUGAUAUAAUUCAUCUUUUCUUAAAAACAUAAAAGAUUGUGUGUGUGUGUGUGCAAUUCAUACAUGGCAGAAGUGAAACUUCUGAAAAGACCCUACGAGAGAUCGGGAUGGAUAUUUAGUAUAAGGAGUAUUAGGUUAAAUGUAAGGUGUAGUAUUUUAGCAUAAUACUAAAACGUAGUUGCAAAGUGAAAUGAAAAUAUUUUAAUAAAUAAAAAUACACACAUAAUACAUCACCCAUGCUUUAUACUAGAGCUUUGUAAUACUCAGGCGCAAAGACAUAUACACAUAGUAACUAAGGAAUAAAAGGAUGCAAAGUGUAGAUUGGAGGCUGAUUGAACCCUGUUCCUUUUUCAACUAUCGUGACGCAUUUUUGUUUUAAUCGAGCUUCAAAUCAUAAAGAUUCUAAAGAAGAUUCACUUGAAAAAGAUGAAAAAAGUAUACAGCGCUGUGCUGUGGGUAUUUUUCCUGAUAUACAAGUGAUAGAUUUUGUGUAUAUUGUGUGUUUUCGGCAUGGAAUAAUUAUGUACUUCGUUAUAUGGACUGUAUGGCAUAUCUAUCACCCUUUUUCAUCUUUCGUUGUAAGAAUUAGGUUCUUAGCAUUAUAUUACAAUCUAGUGUAUAAAACUAAUAAAAUCGAUGUUUAUGUAA